GACGUUUGAAAUUGACCCUGUGUCUUAUCUUCACUACGUUGGCGUUUGAAUGUGUAUAAGAACAAUUGUUGUUAAGCAGAGGAAAUCUCGUUAAGCGAAAUACCUGGAGAAUGUUGCAAGCACUUGUCUUCGUUGUAACAUUACUCAGCCACAUAGAUGGCAUCGUCAUGCAAACAACGCCAGCUCCAUGCAGAGACGUCUUCACGAGUUGUCACAGCGACUCCUGCAACUACGGAGACUACAGCUUACUGUUCUGUAAACAGACCUGUGGUCUUUGUGGUCCCGUUGUGAAGAAGCCACCAUCUUACGUCUGUAAAGACAUCCUCUCCUAUGCUCUGUGCAGACACUACGCGUCAGGAUGCACUGUUCAGGGGGAUCAAAUCAAAUGGGCUAUCAAGUAUUGCCCCAGGACAUGUCAACUGUGUGCGGAUCCUCCCACCUGUCAAGACAACUUUCCAACUGACUGCCGCAAUGGAAAGACUGGGUAUGGUUGCGAGGACGGGAACUGGGGACACACAAACUGCCGUUUCACGUGUGGCCUCUGUGGCAAUGAGUGCAUAGACAGGGUGUCAUCGUGCAGUUCUCGACCAAAGGAAAUGUGUCAGGGAUUUUACGAGGAAUGGGCUAGGAACAACUGCGCAUUGUCAUGCGGAUUUUGCAAUUCUACCCUUACGCUGACAACAAGCAAAACCAACAUCAAUACGUUCGUACCGACUCCAUACCCAAUCGGGAAGUGAGGAUCAAGGUCACAACGUACUUGUCCUAUUUCGCCUGAAUUAUUUAAACCUUUAAGUUUCGGUUAUAAAAUGUUGGAGACAUAAAAUGUUUGAUUAGACUUGAGAGAAACAAAAGCUAUGUAUGAUUGUGAAUAAAUAAGGUAUACAGUU